AUGGCUCGUGGCAACCAGCGUGAGAAGGCUCGUGAGAAGAACCUCAAGAACAACAAUGCGAAGACCAAGACCAACAUGAGCGGUACUCAAAUGCAGCACGCCAAAGAGUCCAACGCCGAUAUUAUGCGACAGAAGCAGGCUGCUGCUGAGGCUCGCAAGGCCGCUGAGGCCAAGAAAUAA